GAUUUUUCUACAAGUUAGUAUGGGUUACGCAUAUCUCUAUCCCCCUCGUACGAUCGAAUUGCACAUCAAGUCUAACCCAACAACUCCUCUCUUCUCACUCUCCCAUUGAAUCUCUCUCUCUCUCUCUCUCUAGUGUUCUUCUGAAAAAUGAAUGAAGAAAUUCCACCGACAACAACAACAAGCAAGAAGAAGAAAGAGAGCAGCUUAAUAACAGAUAACAAUAAUCUUAAUGGAAAUAUUAUCAAUCCAUUAUUGGGAAAAGGGAAAUUCAAGUUUUGGGUAUUAGCUGCAAUUGUACUGCUUGCAUUCUGUUCAAUCUUCACCGGGACAAUCACUCUCAAAUGGUCAUCUUCUUCUGGUGGUAUUCUCAACCAUUUCUCUCAAGAUGACGACUUUAUAAACAGUCCCAUCCUCGACGAUCUUGAUGUUCUCGAAAUUGAGGAAAGAGAGAAAGUAGUGAAGCACAUGUGGGAUGCAUACACACAUACUAGUAGUAGGAUUGUGCUGCCUAAAUUCUGGAGACGUGCAUUUGAAGCGGGUUACCAAGAUUUGAUUAAUGAUGAUCUUGGCGUUCGAAAUGCUGCUAUCUCUGAAAUAGCCAAAAUGUCUAUUCGUUCCUUUAUUAAUCUUGAAAAUCCGCCUGAUCCCAUUACACAACGGCCGAGGAGGAGGAACGGAUAAGAUGAAUGUGGACAAGGGAGAGGGUGGGAGGAAGACGAAGAUGGUGGAUUAAUGGAGUGGAGUAGACUAUAGAGUUAAAAAGUAAUGACGAGUACUAGUAGUCAAUUUGUAUGUGCUAUUAUAAUUAUUAGUUGCUUUCGGGAUAGUCCCCUUAUUAUUUUCAUGAACCCACUAGUUUCUUACUGUAUGAAAAAAUAGAUUUGGAUUUUUGGUUUGAGAUAGUAGGAAAGGAAUCCAUAUUAUUGUAGGCAGAGAGAUUAAACUAAUCAGAUCCAUAUGAUAUGAGUACAUUUUGAUUUUACUUUUGAUA